ACAGUUCUGGCUAGAGUCCCGGUGCGCACGGACGUGGCUCGAGUUUCCUCCGCUCUGGGCUCCUGCUCGCUGUCCAGUCUCUCGCUCCUCCUUCUCUCCCGGUCUCCCGCUCCAGUUCCACCCGGUCGGCCCCGCACGGCUCCGGGAAGCCAUGGAGGAUGUCACGCUCCAUAUCGUUGAGCGGCCGUAUUCCGGAUUUCCCGAUGCUUCCUCAGAGGGCCCGGAGCCCACCCAAGGGGAGGCGCGGGCCACGGAGGAGCCGUCGGGGACCGGCUCCGACGAGCUGAUCAAGUCGGACCAGGUGAACGGUGUGCUGGUGCUGAGCCUUCUGGAUAAAAUCAUCGGCGCCGUUGACCAGAUCCAGCUGACCCAAGCCCAGCUGGAGGAGCGACAGGCGGAGAUGGAGGGCGCUGUGCAGAGCAUCCAGGGAGAGCUGAGCAAGCUGGGCAAGGCGCACGCCACCACGAGCAACACCGUGAGCAAGUUGCUGGAGAAGGUGCGCAAGGUCAGCGUCAACGUGAAGACCGUGCGCGGCAGCCUGGAGCGCCAGGCCGGCCAGAUAAAGAAACUGGAGGUCAACGAGGCGGAGCUGCUGAGGCGCCGCAACUUCAAAGUCAUGAUCUACCAGGAUGAAGUCAAGCUGCCGGCCAAACUGAGCGUCAGCAAGUCGCUGAAAGAGUCGGAGGCACUGCCUGAGAAGGAGGGUGACGAGCUGGGCGAGGGCGAGCGGCCCGAGGAUGACACCGCGGCGAUCGAGCUGUCGUCCGACGAGGCGGUGGAGGUGGAGGAGGUGAUCGAGGAGUCCCGCGCCGAGCGCAUCAAGCGCAGCGGCCUGCGGCGCGUGGACGACUUCAAGAAGGCCUUCUCCAAGGAGAAGAUGGAGAAGACCAAGGUGCGCACGCGUGAGAACCUGGAGAAGACGCGCCUGAAGACCAAGGAGAACCUGGAGAAGACACGGCACACGCUGGAGAAGCGCAUGAACAAGCUGGGCACGCGCCUGGUGCCCGUGGAGCGACGAGAGAAGCUGAAGACAUCCCGGGACAAGCUGCGCAAGUCCUUCACGCCCGACCAUGUGGUGUAUGCGCGCUCCAAGACCGCUGUCUACAAGGUGCCGCCUUUCACCUUCCACGUCAAGAAGAUCCGCGAGGGCGAGGUGGAGGUGCUGAAGGCCACCGAGAUGGUGGAGGUGGGUCCCGAGGACGACGAGGUUGGCGCGGAGCGCGGCGAGGCCACUGACCUGCUGCGCGGGAGCAGCCCCGACGUGCACACGCUGCUGGAGAUCACCGAGGAGUCGGACGCCGUCCUGGUGGACAAGAGCGACAGCGACUGAGCAGGACUCGCAGGGCUCUGCCCUGGAGGCCGGCGCCUGACCCUGCCGCCCCCUGAUCCCCCACCCCUGCCCACACCGCCUUUCCCUUUUCAAACUUUCUCUUUUGCAUUCUAAGCCCCAGUCUGGUUGGGCUUUUUUUUUUUUUUUUAAACAAACCGGGGGGGGGGGAAUACACCCCCCCCCCCGAAGAGCAGCCCUCCAAAGCACAGGCCUUAGACCGAGGGGAGGUGGUCUCUCACCAGCGACAGCCUCAAUUUGGACACAGUCUGGGUAGGAUAUGGGAAGAAUGACCCAUGCCCUGGUUGUCUUGAUCCAGGAUGCUUUUAUUUUAGCUCCCUAGUUAGGCCCCUCGGCCCCUCCCCAACACAGCUUCAUACUCAGCUGCACCACCCUACUUCCUGAGCUGUUUCUCCUUUUCCUCACCCUGGGAGACUCCAAAGCCCAAAUUUCUGCAAGAGGAAAGAGCAAAUCCUAAAGACAACCCUUGUAGGGGCAGCUUUCUAGUGCCAGCUUGCUCUCCCAGAGAGGCUGAGGCAGGAGACUUGUAAGUUCAAGGCCUGCCUGGGCUGCAGAGUGAGCUCAAAGCCAGCAUGAGCAAUUUAGCCAGAUGCAGUUUCAAAAUAAGAGGUGGUGGGGGUGUAUCACUGAUAGAGCCCUUGCUUAGAAGGAGGGGGUGGGCAAUUCAAAAUUCCACGAAGAUAAAAUGUGUGUAGAGAGACCUUUGCCCAGAGGUGGCCCACUGGAAGACCUGAGGGUCUUUGGGGGAACUAAGGCAAUAGGGUGAGGUAAAAGGCAGAGUGUUUGGUGGAUAAAGGCCCCACCAAAAUAAGCAGAAGGCGGGUAGAGCCUGGGAAAGGGUGGUAGGUGUGUGGGGAGAGGGGCUUAUUUACAAAGCUACAAAACCUGCACACAGGAGCACGUGAGUAUUCUUUGGAAAGAGAGAGGAAGCUAGAAGAGGGUUGAAAUGGAAUUAGAAAGAAAUGCCCUUGUUAACAACACAAAGAAAUUCAAGAGUCCCACUUUGGUAGGAUCUCAAGACAGCAGGGCAGCUUCCGGGUCAGGAGGGAAGUCAGUUUUAGAAAGUGUGUUCCAAAGAGACGUCAGCCUGAUUGGAUUCUCUCUUCCAGAAUCUAGGAACUGCCUUCCGGGAAGCCUUGUUUUCCAUGCCCGGAAAAUUAGGGUUCCAGCAGGGGGCAGCAGCGAGUUGUGGAGAACUGGCAGCUGGGGAAAGCAAGGUGCCUCUGGAGCUGAGCUCCCUAGCUGGAAGCUGGAGCAGCAGGGCCAGCUGGCUUGCCCACCCUAACUCCCUCUCAGCUGCUUCUACCAUGGAUCUUUCUCUAAUGUGAAACUUUAGAGCUUGCCAAGACCCUCCUGUGUUCCUUGCCUUUGGGGCCCCCUUUACCUGAAAGUUGGGGAGAGUGGGGUGCUGCUUCAUGUCCAAGGCUUGAUUUCUUAUAGUUACUGACCAGGUUUUCUCCUAAGGACACAUUUGUUCCCCCUUUAAUGGCUGAUCAGGAGCAGGCAACACCUCCCCCAAUUGAUAGCUACAGGCUACUUCCUUCUCCUCACCUACAUGUAUUCCCUGCUUCUUAGAAUUGUAGCUCAUUGAUAUUUUGGGGUGGGGAGGGGAUGAAAACCACAAACCUUUUAUACCAUACAAAGCUUUGCUUUUUAUUUUUUAUUUUUAAUUUUUUUUUCUUGGUCCCCUUCCCUCCUCUGAAUGCUUGGAGACGGAGAAGCUGAGGAGGGUGGGUAAGUGUUGGAUGAGGUCCUCUGUGCUGAUGGGCUAAUGUUGUGGGCAGAUGCAGUUUCCUGUGGGCUCUAGGGGAGUCCCUUGAGUUGCUGUGUUCUGGUGAGCAGCCGGACCAAUAAACCUGCUUUUCUAAAA